AUGAACUGUGUAUACCAAAAUAGGUCAGGUGUUUGUGGCAUUUGUCAUAAAACAGUGUCUAAGAAGAGCAAGGACAAAUGCUUAACAUGUUUAGCAAAUAUCCAUGCAAAAUGUCUACCUGUGAAUCCAGAGGACAGCAAGUGUCUUUUUUGCAAAGGGCAGGAAAGAAGAAAUCCAGUUAAGGUAGAGGAGAGUACAGGACAAAGCAACCAAGACAACACAGGAGUUCAGGAAAUAGUCAGUUCAGGACAAAAUUAUGAUAAAGUUCAAAGAGAAGAUGAUCCAGGACAAAGCAACAAAGACUAUACAGCUCUUCAUGGAGAAGACAGUUCAAGACAAAGCAGCAGAGACAAAGAAGCUGAGGGAGAAGACAGUUCAGGACAAAGCAGCAGAGACAAAGAAGCUGAGGGAGAGGACAGUUCAGGACAAAGCAGCAGAGACAAAGAAGCUGAGGGAGAAGACAGUUCAGGACAAAGCAGCAGAGACAAAGAAGCUGAGGGAGAGGACAGUUCAGGACAAAGCAGCAGAGGCAAAGAAGCUGAGGGAGAGGACAGUUCAGGACAAAGCUGCAGAGACAAAGAAGCUGAGGGAGAAGAUAUUUCAGGACAAAGCAGCAGAGACAAAGAAGCUGAGGGAGAGGACAGUUCAGGACAAAGCAGCAGAGACAAAGAAGCUGAGGGAGAAGAUAUAUCAGGACAAAGCAGCAGAGACAAAGAAGCUGAGGGAGAGGACAGUUCAGGACAAAGCAGCAGAGACAAAGAAGCUGAGGGAGAAGAUAUAUCAGGACAAAGCAGCAGAGACAAAGAAGCUGAGGGAGAAGAUAUAUCAGGACAAAGCAGCAGAGACAAAGAAGCUGAGGGAGAAGAUAUAUCAGGACAAAGCAGCAGAGACAAAGAAGCUGAGGGAGAAGAUAUAUCAGGACAAAGCAGCAGAGACAAAGAAGCUGAGGGAGAAGAUAUAUCAGGACAAAGCAGCAGAGACAAAGAAGCUGAGGGAGAAGAUAUAUCAGGACAAAGCAGCAGAGACAAAGAAGCUGAGGGAGAAGAUAUUUCAGGACAAAGUCCAGGAGAUCAGACAAAAGGAUUCAUCGUGGAAAGUGUUUUAAAAGUAUCAGACUUCCACCAAACAAAAAGAUACCUGGUCACAACUGAUGAACUGCAGAGAAGAUGUGCUCAACCGGAGAGCUACUCUGCAAACACUGUGGUGGCUUAUCUAAGAAAGGCCAAAGGUCAAAAAAGAAACAUAGAACAGAAGUUGGCAGAGUUGGAGGUGAAUCCUUCAAAACGCACAAAGUUAACUUCACUGUGCUCCAAACUUUGUGAAGAUGAAUGUCGUGACCUGGCUGAUGAUAUAACAUAUUUGGCAGCUAAAUUCAUACCCCAGAAGAAAGUGGGUCAAGCCUUGUUAGAGGAUGGAAAUGUCCACGAAGGCAUGGCCAAAACAGAGGACUGCAGAAAGACCCUAAAAGCUGUGGAAAAAGCUUUGGAGACGAACUGGCAUACAUUUGACCUGGCAACUCACGGUCUUGGGCCUGCAGUUAUAAAAGGCACUUUUGAAUUAAUUGAUGCAUGUCUUAAAGAGAAAAUGAAAGCAUUACAAUCAUGAAUUAGAACCAAUUUCAACUGUUUUGUCUGCUUACAUUAUGUUCAUAGUUAUAUACACUAGCUUCAUGCUUGAAACCUUGUUAUAUGCCUACUAACUACAAUAUGUGUUGGUUACUUUGUUGCUAAAAAUACAUUUGGGAUUGUUUUUUUUACUUUGUUAUGUACGUAUUUUAGUUUUUGAAUAUUGUUUUUGUGUGUACAAUGUAAUUGUAAAUAAAGAUUUACAAUCCUUUUUA